AAUUUUUUAGCGUGUAACAGUUGUCUGUGUGCAAACAUAAAGUGCACUGCCUUUACUGUUUUUACACGGGGAUGAGUUGUGUUACUAAAUUUAUACAAACACACACAUGCUGAAGCUAUUUCCAGCUUUCCCCGUUGAGCCAGUGAAGUCCAGCUAAAUCUGUAGGGCCUGAGGUGGAUUGAGUUACAUGAGAGGCACAGGCCACUGUUGCAAAAUUUCAGUUCUACCACCAUGCACUGCAGUAUGCCAGAGCUUGUUUCCACCAUCCCAGAAACUGGCAUAUGUUGAUAAACCGAACUCCAGCAGAUGGUGAUACUCGAUGUGUUAAUAAUAGGGGGCGGCCCUCAUGCCUUGACCCUGGCUAGCUUGCUAUCCACUGCUCACCCUAAUCCAAAUUCAGACCCUGGACAUGACUUACCACUCUCCCCCUUCUGCUCGGGCCCUUCGGGGCCUCGGCCAAACCCAGAAACAUCCCACAACAAACUUUGCAGUGGCAGGAAGAAGAGGAGAGCAAAAAAAGAUUUGAGAUUAGUCUCCACAGGUGUGACACUGGAGGAACGACUAGCAAAGUCAACAAUAUCAGAGAGUGUCGUUUGCCCCCCGCAAAGUCUGAGAGUGGUAGAUUCCUAUGGAGAGUGGACCUGUAUGUGGGAGAGCCAGUUCACAGCUCUAAAAAUCCCUCACUUGCGCUCACAUACACUGGUGCACACAGAUCCUCUCAAUAAGAAAGCUCUGCAGGAGUUUGUUUUAAAGUUUGAUCGUUUGGCAGAGCUGCACAGUCUUCCAGACCAGGUUUAUAUUCUGGAUGAAAAUGCAUUCUUCAAUGACAUGAGGCUCGGCAAGAAGGAGAGGAAACGUCUAAACAUCACCUCAACACUCAAGAAAAGUUUAUCCUUCAGUCUGCCAGGAACCAAACUAAGUGUGGAUUUCUUUAAAGAUCAGGUGGAGAGAUACAACUUGGACAAAGUGCUGGUAAAGGGAACAGUGGAGCGCAUCACCCCUGUGAUUGAGGACAAGGACGAGACGGAAGAAGAGACUGACCGGAUAAAGGAGUGGGAAACAGAGGGUGAGGCCACGAGAACGACUGAAAGGAAGGAAGACGGGGCAAAGAAGAGAGUGAAAUAUUUUCAAGUCCAACUUCAAGAAGGCAUCACCCUAAAAGCCCGCCAAGUUGUUAUGGCGACAGGUCCGACCCGGGCCCAGAUGGCAAACAUCCCCUCAUGGGUGAAAAGCAUUGGAGAGAGCUACCCAGAGGAGCGUUUGCAACACACUGUGCACCUCAUGCAUCACCUGGCAACUGCUCGGCAAAAAAAUAAAGACACAGAUUGUUGGAGUGUGAAAGAGACUUUAACAACUAAAGUGUGUGAGGCAGGGCAGAGAGUAAUGGUAGUUGGUGGAGGUCUGACCAGCGCUCAUGUCGUCUCAAUUGCCCUGCAGCAAGGUGCCAGCCAUGUGACAUGGGUCAUGAGGAAGCACCUCCAGUUAAAACAGUUUGAUGUGGGUGAUGUGGAGAGCCUGGUGGGUCGUUACUCCCACGUGGAGCAUGGAAUCAAGAUGGACGGCCAAGCCUACCUAAGACAGUUCUAUAAUGAGCGGAGUCUCCACAAACGGCUGGCUAUGAUUCGCCAGGCAAGGAAAGGAGGGGCUGUCACCCCAGAGGCCUACAUCCACCUACAGCCAUUCAUCCUGAAUGGACAGGUGGACGUAAAGACAUACUGUCAGGUGAGUGAAAGCAGCUGGUGCUACAGGAACCAGGCCUGGAGUCUUUCCCUCAGCACCGGGGCCCACUGGACUGGAGAUAUGAUCUGGCUCGCCACUGGCUGCAAACUAGACGUCCAACAGGACCCGUUGCUUUCUGAGGUGAUGAGGGAAUUCCCCAUUCAGGUGAUAGAUGGUUGGCCAUGCAUAUCAGAAAGCUUACAGUGGGCAGAUGAGUGCCCGCUAUACCUGAUGGGGCAGUACACCGCUCUUCAGGUUGGACCUCAUGCAGUAAACCUAGCUGGGGGUCAGGCUGCCAGCAUGCGAAUUGCCAAGGACAUCAUGUGCCGUCAGCAACAGGACAAUGCAGAUGCUUUUGAACUGAUUGGGGAGAAAUCCAAAACUGAAGAAUAUAUUCAACAGAUGAAAGGCCAAUUAUGGCUUUAACUUUACCAUUUAGUCUGAAGAGCUCAAAUGCACAUGAGAGUAGUCAUCUAUUGUUGAUUAUCCUGUUCAAAGGGGACUUGAUUAAACGGAUUGGACUUAAAAUCUGUGAAACUGACUUUUUUGGGGACUAUCACGAACAUAUUUCAAAUUAACACAUAUUCAUCCUUAAUUGCCCAAUCAGUAUUCGUUCAAUAUUAACAGAUAUUACACAAAAAUUUUAGGACAUGGCUUGGAAUGAAAAUCUGCAAUUUAUGUUUGCCUCAUGUGAUCAGUUUCCAUGGCUGACAUAAGCAAAUAUUUUAUGGCAACAAAAAUGUAUAGUGAGUUUGUCUUUAUCUGAAUCAAGGUUCUAAUGAUUGAAGGUUUUGUAUAUUAUUCAUAUUGUAAAGCCCUGUGAGACAAAAUCUGAGGAAAGUAAAACUGGGUUGAAUUGACUGAAAUUUCACGGUUAAAAGACGUCUAAACAGAGCCCAGACGUCUAGGAUAAAACAGGGCUGAAUUUGGGCUGUCAGUGAAAGUUUGGUAGACGUCUAACCAUAGCCCAAAACUAGUCUAGUCAUCAAUUAGACCACCAUUGAAUGGCUACAUAUAGACAUGUAUUAGAUGGUGAAAAUGGGUCUAGGCUAAAACAAGGCUGAAUUUGG